UUUUGUGGUUGUUUGCGUUUGAGGAUUUGUAGGUAUUAGUGGCUUGUGGUGCCUGUUUUGGUUCACUGCUUGCCCACCUGAUCCAGACAUUAGUGUGUUCAUGUUUUGUAUUUGAGAUCCAUUAAAACCAUGGAAUUGGAACGUUUAGGUGGCUGCGGCGUUAAAUCCGAGAGGGGCAACCUUCGCCUCUACAGGGUGGCGCUGGCCAUGUGUGCGUGUCUCUGUGCUGUUCUGCUGCUUGCACUCAUAGUGGUCUCUCAAAGAAAUGCUCAAGAGGAGUUCUGUCUGACCACAGAAUGCAUUGAAGCAGCGGGAUCCAUUAUUGCUAAAAUGGACUACUCGGUUAAUCCCUGUGAAGACUUCUAUAGUUUCUCCUGUGGGGGUUGGCUGAAGGAUAACCCGAUCCCCGAGGAUUCUUCUUAUUACGGCGUCUACCCCUGGCUGAGACAGGAGGUUGACAUUCAACUUAAAGAGUUACUGGAAGCACCUUCACACCCUGAUGAACUGGAAGCAGUGACCAAGGCUAAGAUCUUCUACCGCUCCUGUAUGAAUGAGACUGAACUGGAGCUACUGGACUCCAAACCAAUGCUGAAAACACUUACAGAGCCCGAGUUUCGGUGGCCUGUUCUGGGGGACGGUCUUGGCGGGGAUUAUCAGUGGUCACCGGGGCAGUGGAGCCUCCUGAAGACUCUGGCAGAAAUCAGGAACCAGCAUAGUAAGAGCGUCCUGAUUCGCCUGAUUGUGUCCCCUGAUGACAAAAACUCCACCCGCUACAUUAUCAAGCUGGACCAGGCGACCCUGUCGCUGUCCUCCAGAGAAGAUUACAUCACCAACACGUCCACUGCCCAGGCGUUUCGUGCAGCCUUGCUGAGUCUGAUGGUGGAUACGGCCGUCAUGCUGGGAGCUCCACAGAAAGCAGCACAGACUCAGAUGGAACAGGCUCUGACCUUUGAGACCAAACUGGCUGAGAUCCUGAUCCCCGCUGAAAACCGCACCAGUGAGAACAUGUACAACAAAUACACCCUGAUACGUCUGCAGCGCUCCAUGCCGCAGUUUGACUGGCUGGCAUUUGUGAAGGCUGUACUGGAAUACGAAAACGACCCGUCGCUGUCCAUCUCCGGCACCGAGCCCGUCAUUGUCCGAGCACCGCAGUACUUUAAGGAGCUGCUCAAACUCAUUAACACCACAGACCCUAGGACGGUGGCUAACUAUGUGCAGUGGAGGACGGUUUUUUCCAGGAUCACCACUCUCAGCCGCCGCUUCCUCUACAGAUAUCUGGAUUAUGCUCGGGUAAUCACUGGAAUGACCUCGCUGACUCCACGCUGGGACAAGUGUGUGAACUUCAUCGAGAACACGAUUACUUACGCAACUGGGCGCCUCUUUGUCAACAAGCAUUUUCAGGAGGACAAGAAGCUCAUGAUGGAGGAGCUGAUCGAAGGUAUUCGCUGGGCAUUCAUCGACAUGCUGGAGACAGAGAACAAGUGGAUGGAUGAGCUGACCAAGAAGCGAGCCAUAGCAAAGGCUCACGCCGUGCUGGGUAAGGUCGGCUAUCCUGAGUUCAUUCUGAAUGACACCUACCUCAACGAAGAUUUAAAACAGCUAGCGUUCAAUGAGAGAGACUACUAUGGGAAUGUGAUGCAGACUUUGAAGUUUGUCGCCCAGUCAGAUCUCGCCUGGCUCAGAAAGCAUGUCCCACGUACAGAGUGGUUCACAAACCCAACAACAGUGAAUGCUUUCUACAGCUCAUCCACCAAUCAAAUCAGAUUUCCUGCUGGCGAGCUUCAAAAACCUUUCUUUUGGGGAAGAGAGUAUCCAAGGUCUUUGAGUUACGGUGCCAUUGGGGUGAUCGUUGGACACGAGUUAACACAUGGCUUCGACAACAAUGGCCGCUUAUAUGACAAGAACGGAAAUCUUGACCAGUGGUGGAGCAACUCGUCAGUCAUAGCCUUCAACAAGGCGACCGAGUGCAUGAUUGAGCAGUACAAUAACUACUACUGGGAAGAAGCAGAAUUAAAAGUGCGAGGAAAGAGGACUCUGGCAGAAAACAUAGCAGAUAAUGGAGGAUUAAGAGAAGCUUUCAGGGCAUACAGGCGGUGGGUAGAUGAGACCAGAGGUGGAACAGAAGAACCUUUGCUGCCAGGAGUUCAACUCACCAACAACCAGCUGUUCUUCGUAAGCUAUUCACAUGUAAGAUGUAACGCUUACAGACCAGAAGCCGCUAGAGACCAGAUCCAGAAUGGAGUCCACAGUCCGACAAAAUACAGGGUCAUCGGAGCGAUGAGUAACUAUGAAGAGUUCAGCAAAGCGUUUAACUGUCCGGAGUCGUCUCCUAUGAACCGAGGUGAAAAGUCCUGCCGCGUGUGGUGACCUCUGACCUCAGGUGGACCCUAAAGGAGGCGGCAGCUACCUGCAGGACGUCUCUGAGGCUGAUGAUGAUGCUGGACUUGACCUACGUGGGUUAGAUGAUUUGAAGUGAAACGUAUAUCCUAACAGAAUGUUGUUAGGUCGAGGAUUGGUUGGUGUUACAGAUGGACAUGAUGUGGUUAGUCCCAAAACAAACCGUCUGCAUGACUUCACCACAAUACUUCAACUGUGGGUGGCGCUGUGGGACAAAAAUGUUAAAGGCACACUGAAAAUUAAGGAGAAACU